AUGAUCCCACCACUACCUUUGACCGGGGGGAGCAUGGCGAUCGUCGUCGUCGGACUCGUCAUGUUGAUCCUCGCUCUGAUUGCCGUCUCUCUGAGAAUCUUCGUGCGUGUUCACGUCGUUCGCGCUUUUGGAUGGGAUGAUGGAAUUAUGCUCUUUGCGCUGGUAUUCUUUAUCGUCUUUAUUACAUGCAGUAUUGUCGGCUCGUUCUAUGGAGGAGGUCGCUCCACUAGCGACUAUCCCAGUGCCGCCUACUACAGAAUCUCACUCCUGUACUGGUGGUUGUGCGAAGUCUUCUACACAUGGUCUUCCGCACUCGCCAAACUGUCCAUCGCCGUUGCCCUCCUCCGCUUGACGAUAGACCGAGUCCACCGUACAAUCAUCUUCCUUGUCAUGGGUGUGACAAUCGCCGUCAGCUUGAUGUUCUGGAUCGCGCUCCUGCUCAAUUGUCGACCCGUCUCCUACUUCUGGGACUCGGCGAAUCCCACCAAGACGGGAACAUGCAUGUCGCUGCACGAACUGGCCAUGAUCGUCUACGUGUAUAGCAGUUUUACAAUCGUCUGCGACUUGACUCUGUCCAUCUUGCCCAUCUUUUUGGUGUGGAAGUUGCAGAUGAGUCCGAGGACGAAAGUGGCCGUAGUCGUGAUUUUGAGUAUGGGUGGAAUCGCAAGUAUUGCGGUGAUCAUUCGGAUUCCAUACCUCCAUCUUCACGCGGACACAUCUCUCCUCCGCUCAACAUACUCCAUCGCCAUCUGGUCCGUCGUCGAAACCGCCCUCGGUAUCAUCGCCAGCAGCCUCUUCACCCUCCGCCCUCUCUUCCGCUGGCUUCUCGACGAGAAAUUCUCCAGCGGCCGCGCCACCCGCAGCAACCCCCCCGGCGCCUCCAGCACCUAUCCACUCGGAACCCUCGACCGCGACGGACUCAAAGCCACCCGAAACACAGUCCCCACGACCCGCACGCCCAAACAAUUCGGCCAGAUCAGUGAACACAGUAUUUCGGAAAACAGCGUGAUGACGAUCCCUGCUUCAAGGGAGUUUAUCAUGUUGAAUAAUAGUGAGGAGGCGAUUCACUCGGAAGCUGGGUUGAUGGCUUCGCAGGGGGGCCGGAUCACGGUGCAGCGGACUUUUAUGCAGUCGGUUUCGGAGAGGGCGAAGUAG